AAAAAAUUAUAUUAUUUUCCUCAUCAUUACUUCGCAUUUGGAGGAGGAAUGAUCAUAUUCAUAUACAGUUGAUUUCUACUUAAAAAUUUUUCUUCUUCUUUUUAAAAAUUUUAGGGAAGACUUGCGGUCUAAAACAGUGCAUUAAUUUGUCAAUUAAUUAAGAAUAUAAACUGUUAGAUUGUUAAGACCUCACUCCACAUUAAUUUCAAGACGAAACUUAGUAGCUAUGCCUCCUUCUUUGCAAAAGAUUUCUCAAUCUGUCGAAAGUCGCAGUGCGGAUGAAAAGUACGCUGAUGUGAACUGGGAUGAGCUUGGAUUUGGAGUAAUUCCCACUGAAUUCAUGUACAUCAUGAAAUGUUCCAAUGGAGGUGAAUUCUCACAAGGCCAUCUCACUCCCUAUCGAAACAUUGAGCUCAGCCCAUCUGCUGGAGUCUUGAAUUAUGGACAGGGUUUAUUCGAAGGUCUUAAGGCGUACAGGACAGAAGAUGAUCGAUUUCUGCUCUUUAGGCCUGAAGAGAAUGCUUUAAGAAUGCAGAUGGGAGCAGAGAGAAUGUUAAUGCCAUCACCAUCUACUCAACAAUUCCUGGAUGCUGUGAAGCAAACAGUCCUUGCCAAUAAGCGUUGGAUACCACCUCUAGGGAAAGGAACGCUGUAUGUUAGGCCGUUGCUCAUUGGAAGCGGACCUGUUCUUGGCGUGGCACCGGCAGCAGAAUACACAUUCCUCGUAUUUGCUGCUCCAGUCGGUAUUUAUCACAAGGGCCCGGCAGGCCUGAACUUGUAUGUCGAGGAUCAACUGCAUAGAGCUACUCCUGGUGGAACUGGAGGUGUCAAGUCCAUCACCAACUAUUCGCCGGCUUACCUAGCACAACAACAAGCAAGGGCCAAAGGGUUUUCUGAUGUCCUAUUCCUGGAUUCCGUGACCGGAAAAUACAUAGAGGAGCUGACAGCAUGUAAUAUUUUCAUUCUGAAGGGUAAUGUUCUUGCAACUCCAGCAGUUCAUGGAACUAUUCUUCCUGGAAUCACUCGUAAAAGCAUCAUCGCCAUUGCCCUCGAUUUUGGAUACCAGGUAGAGGAACGUGUAAUUCCGGUGGAGGAUUUGCUUGAAGCUGACGAAGCUUUCUGCACAGGAACUGCGGUUGUUGUCACCCCAAUUGGUGCUGCAACUUAUCAAGGCAAAAGGGUUGAGUACAACACAGGAAAAGGAACACUCUUUCACAAACUGCGUGAAACCCUAACAGGAAUCCAAACAGGGCGUCUGGAAGACAAGAAGGGAUGGACCAUGGAGAUCAAUUGAGUUUUCUCCUCCGUCUAGAGAUCCAGCGUUCCAAAUCCGAAAAGUUAAUUUGCUCUUCUUUUCAUUUAUUCAAAUUUUUUGCUUGGUUCAACCUUGUUGAAUAAUUUGAUGGUGCAAGCAGAACUAAACUUUGCUCAUCCUGCCCCUAUUUUAAUAAAAUUCCGGAAAAGACUAGCUUUGCAUCA